AUGAUCCACUUCCACCAUCUUCUACUGAGCGCAGCCUACGCGUUCACGUUCUUAGUCAACUUGGUCUCAGCUCUCAAUGUUUCGGUCCCCAUCUCUGCGCCUGGCAACUCCCAGGAACUACUGCCGACGUUGCUGUCUUUCUCUAUCGAGCAAGAUCGCUGGCCCGAAUGGACUGGCGUAGACUCACGCAACGAAUUCACCCACAACGCGCUUCUGAACUACGCGGCGCUGACCGGCCAACCUCCCAAUAUCCGCGUGGGCGCCGAUUCUGAAGACCACACGUUCUGGCCGCCCACGGUCACGAUUGAAGACAGCUCGUUCCCUCCCGCGAACACCAUAACACCUUACCCCGAAGCGACGAGCAUCACCGUCGGAAAUGCGUACUACGCUUUGUCACGUUUCCUCCCCCACGGCACACGGAUGACCUGGGGCGUUAACCUUGGCGCCGACAACAUCACCAACGCGGUCAACAUGGCCAAAGCCAUCGUCGGGGCUUUCCGCACUGAAGCCGUCAAAGCGUCUGGCGUCGUCCUCGAGCGCAUCGAAGUUGGCAACGAAGCUGACGUUUACAAGCUCAACGGCUUUCGCCCCAGCAACUGGACGGUGGAGGAUUACGUUCCCGACUGGAUCUCCGUCGCUGGGCCGGUGGUCGAGGCUGCCGGGAUCACAGGGCGCGACGGUCCGGUGUCGCUGCAGGGCGCUGCGUUUGCUAGCCCGUGGUUCACUCCUCGGGAGCUCUUUGCUCUUGGGAUCCUGGACAGUGCGCCCGGGAAGGCUAUUUCUACUAUAUCCCAACAUCUAUACUCCGCCGCAUUUUGCAACGGAGGCGAUUUCCCCCUGGUCUCGUUCAUGAGCAAGACCGCUAUCAGAGGGAACUUGUCGAUGUUCGAGGCCGACAUUGCCGCGACCCAGGCGCAGGGGCUCACCUACAUCCUUGGGGAAACAAACAGUAUCGGAUGUCACGGCGCCCCCGGUGUCAGCAACACCGCGGGAGCCGCUCUAUGGGCGAUCGACUAUACGCUCCAGGCUGCUACUCUGGGUAUCAAAGAAGCAUAUUUCCACGAAGGCGUGGGCUACAAGUACAACUUCAUUCAACCCGUCGCGCUCAACCGCUCCAUAGUCGACGGCUCCCCUAUGAACCCUCCCUCGCCCCCGCAUGUCCAGCCGAGCUACUACGCUGGUCUCGCGAUCAAUACGUUCAUUGGCAUCACUGCUGGCAAGCAAUCGCAGAUCGUCGAGCUCCCCGUCGACGACUCCAACGUGUCCGGGUACGCUGCAUUCGAGAACGGCAAGCUCGUCCGCGCCGUCUUCAUCAACCUCCACGCAUGGCUCGCGAGCAGCACCGGCCCCCGCCCCUCUGUUCACAUCGAUCUGGACUUCGCGAAGGUCGCCGCGUCCGACGCGCAGAGCGACGUGAACGCGUUCUGGAGCCGUGGGGCGACCGCGCGCAGGGUGGUGGUUCAGCACGCGGACGAUACUGCCGGGUUGACUUGGGCGGGACAGAGCUACGAGACGUCGGACGGGCUCCCUUCUGGCUCCGUCGUGAUGGAGCAUGUUGCGUUGGAUGCGGGGAUCGAUCUGCGCGCGUCUGAGGCUGUCUUGCUCUCGUUCUAA